AUGAACAGAAGGGCACCUGCCUCCGGCGACGAUGGCCGAGGUCCCGGAUUUGAGGCUUAUGUCACGGUUAUGGUCAUCGUGACCGUGGCGGCCAUAACACUGCGUUUCCUGUCCCGCAGUAUUGCGUUACCCCAAAGGUCGUACCAGAUCCAGCGCCGCCUCUGGUGGGAUGACUGGCUGGCUCUAGCAGCCGUACCAUUCAUCCUAGGCCUCCUCGCCUCGGCUUACGUGCUGCUCCAUUUCGGCCUCGGCCGUCACGCCGGGUCCCAACCACCACCAAACCUGCUGGUCAUUCGAAACACGUUGUUUGCCGGGUAUCUACUCUACUACGUCAGCCUGUACCUGACGAAAGCGUCGGCACUGUUAUUCUUCAGCCGGGUCUUCCCCAAGCGCAUAGCGGGCCAACGGUUCACUAUCCUCUUAUGGACAACACACGGCCUCAAUACUGCUUGGCUCAUAGGCACCAUCAUAGGGAGCUUUCUGGCCUGCCACCCCGUCGAUAAACCUUGGAGCCCAUCGGUGUCGGCUGGCUGCGACCCCUGUGCGUUAUGGCAUGGCAGUGCCAUCUCCAGCGCCCUCAUAGACCUGAUUAUACUUGUCCUGCCGCUGCCGAUGAUAUGGAGCCUUCAGACCAGUCGAGCGAGGAAAGUGGGAAUGACGAUUGUUUUCGUCCUUGGCUAUUUUGUCAUCGUCGUGUCUAUCGGUCGCCUCAUUACCAUCAUGAAGUCUGCCGAGAUUUUCACAAGUGACGUAUCAUACAAGGUCGUGACGGUCCUGUACUGGCAAUGCGCAGAAGCGCCCAUCAGCCUCCUGAGCAUUUGUCUCCCUGCCAUGCUGACACUUGGCCGACGCAUAUACACCUCCUACUUUUCGCCUCUAGCAUCCAGAGUCUCCGAAAUAAUCUCCUCGCGGGGAAGUAGUCGCACCUCCAAAGCCAAGUCCGGCGACUUCACUGGAGCAACCGAUGGCCGCCAUCGUUACGUCCAUCUACACCCAGAGAAGGAUCCCAACAGGGUCCGAAACCCGACAGCCUAUGACACAGAGAGCAUCCCAUCAGUUGACAGCAGGACUCAGAUUAUUCGGGACAUGUCGGCGAUACAGUAUCCGUACACGGCUCGUGUACACGGUGGGGAGUCCAGAGGGGCGAUGCAGAGCUACGUUCCAGAUCAGGCUAUUCGUGUGGACAGCGAUAUCACCAUCCGCCAUGAUGGGUACUAG